AUGACAGCCGCCACCAAGGAACAGCAAAACUUCGAUGUAGUAGACACAUACAAGCGUCUGCUUGCCGACGACCCAGAGCUCACCAUGCCCGUCGCUGCUAUCGAAGCGCUCGUUCUCGCACUCGCCCACACCCCCGCAACCACUGUGUCUGAAACUCUGGACCUACUCUCAAAACUCACUGCCGAGUUGAAAGCGCGCAUUCCCAACCCAAUCUCCCUCUCAGCCGGCACCGAUCUGUUCCAGCGCUACAUCAUCACUACCCUGCAAAAACCCAGCGCGGGAAGAAACAGCGACUUCGACACAAUCCGCACACAUCUGGUUCAAAACGGUCGUCUGUUCGUCGAGCGCGCAAAAGAAGCAAGAGACAAAAUCGCCGGCUUCGGCAGACACUUUGUCCGCGACGGCAACACAGUCUUGACAAAUGGUGGCUCGCGUGUAGUUGGAGCCCUACUACGCUCAGCCGCAGAAACCAGCAGUAUACGUUUCCGUGUCAUUUACGUGGUUUCUGAUUCCUCGGAUGCAGAGAGUAGUGAGAAUAUUGCUCAAUUGCGCAAAUUGGGGAUUCCAGUGGCUACUAUUCCGCCUACGGCUAUUGCGUAUAGUUUGAAUCAGGUUUCGCAGUGUUUCGUGGGUGCCGAGGGUGUUGUGGAGAAUGGUGGUAUUAUCAGCAGAUUGGGCACUUAUCAGAUUGCCAUGUUGGCGAAAGCGGCGAAUAAGCCCUUCUACGUCGUCUCGGAAAGUCACAAGUUUGUUAGACUGUAUCCUCUUGGUCAAACGGACCUGGGCAUCGAUCAGAACAUCGUCGAGUUCAAGACUACCGAGGGUGCUGCCAGUACUGCUGGAAGCGUAUCUGCAAAGGAUGAGGGUGUUGCAGAUAUGGAUGCACAAUCAGAUGCAGGCGUCUCUGAUAGUGUGGCCAACAACGAUGCGGUCGACUUUACACCACCCAACCUCAUCUCUGGCAUCAUCACAGAGUCUGGAGUUUUGCUGCCAUCAGCAGUCAGCGAAGAGCUCAUCAAGAUUUGGUUCUAG